AUGUUAUUUAAUUUCAUUCUGUUCUUUUAUAUAUCAUUGAUUUCUCAAAAUGAAAUUUUUAAAAAAAUAUCAAUUAUUGGAAUUGCUGCAUCUAAUGAUGUAAAUGAAAAUGAUUAUUUUGAAACAUAUAUCGAAUAUCCGGAAGAUAUGGAUUCAAUAGGACAGGGACGGAAUGCAUUUAAACAAGAUACACUUAAAUGGCCACGUGGUAUAAUACCAUAUGAAAUAUCAAAUGAAUUUAAAGAAUCUGAACGUGAUACAAUUAUAAAUGCUUUAAAAUUUUUUAAUGAAAAAACAUGUAUACAAGUUAUACCAAAACAAGAUGAACAUAAAGAAUAUGUAUUUUAUAAACCAGGUGAAGGAUGUGGUACAAUGGUCGGUUAUAAUAAAUUGAAAUCUAGACCGCAUGAAGUUGUAUUUAAUGAUUAUUGUAUUAAAUUACCAGAAGCGAUACAACAUGAAACUAUGCAUGUUAUGGGAAUAUUUCAUGAACAAUGCCAAAUACCAAAAAUUUUAGCUGAUUCUUAUGACAUUGAAUAUGAUUAUAAUAGUUUAAUGCAUUAUGGUGCAACUGCAUUUAGAAAAUCUGGUAAAAAUGAAACAAUGAGAAUAAAACAGAGAAAAGGACAACCCACAAAUGAAAUAAAAUUGGGUCAAUUAGGAUAUGCCACCAAAGGUGAUAUACUAAAAAUGAAUCGGAUGUAUCAUUGCAGUAAUUUUAUAUAA